AUGCUCUCUGUUUAUCCUCAACGGGACGACACCCGAACACAACGGUCAACCCCAGACUCUGUCUUUUCCACACAACCCAAACCUUCGAGACGAUCCUCUACACCAGAGUCCCUCUGCACGGUCGCCCAAAAUAUGUGCAAUAUGGUCUGCUACUUGUGGUUUGGGCGGAGGGGCCAACGAUCAUCAUCCUCAAAUACUGAUUCGGUGCACCAAUUUUCGCCAAGGCCCGAGUUUGUAUCGUUCAUUGCUGAUUUGCUCGCAACAACCCAAGUUAGCCAAUCGGUAAUCACGCUCGCAUUGCGUUAUAUCUAUACGCUCAAACAAGCCAAUCCCUCGAUUCGAGGGCGUCGAGGGAGCGAAUAUCGACUUGCUGUUACGGCUCUGAUGUUGGCGAACAAGUUUUUAGACGACAAUACAUAUACCAACAAAACCUGGUCCGACGUCUCUCGUAUUUCUCUUGCAGAGAUCAACCAGAUGGAAAAAGAGUUUCUCAGUGGCUUGGGUCAUAGCCUCUACGUUGAUCAGGCCACCUACGAGUCGUGGGUGCUCAUGCUUACGGGUCUGAUUGAUGCUAAGGACCGCGAAACAGAGGCCUAUUGGAGUCUUCGUAAGCAGGAAACCAAUGGAUGCGCUAGACAUUUGCCCCUUCCAGCAGGUCAGCAGCCGAGGACACACCGGGCUCGUUCGAGUUCUCCUACAUUUCCCUUUACGUUCACGCAUCCUCCGGUCUCGGCCCAACAGCCGGCCCCUUUGGUACAUGUUCUUCCACCGCGCCCUAUUACGCUUCCGCCCCUCGACAUGUCACCAUCGACCCUGGUGCCAACUCGAAGGGUGUCCACUGGCAAACGUUCUGCGUAUGAUGCGUUCUCUCCCGCGACUGCCUCAGCAUCCGCCUUGCCGUUCAAGCGUGCGAUCCCUAGCCCGGAUUCGCUCUCCCCAGGCUCAGAUGUCGGAGGUUAUCUUGCAAGUGCAUAUGUGGUCGAUCACUCGGCUGGUCCGCGGCCAGACCUUAAGUACUUGCCUUACCACACAUUGGCGUCUUCUCCUGCAGACAAUUGCGGGCAUGGGGUCCGCAAGGCUGUUCUUAGGUAUCACGAACUCCAGAGCCCCUCCAUACGUGAACACAGGUACCCCGUCCUGCCACCGAUCCGUGUUCCUCAGUCCGCGUGCACAAGCCCAAGGGACUAUGUGUACAGCUCUCAAUAUCCACCCCACCCUGCGCCUCGACACUUUCCCGUACCGCCGCCGAUCACGCCGCAGCGAGAUGUGGCCAUGCACACCCCACCAUCGUUGUCCCCUCAAACCAACGUUUCGAUGUACACAGCACCUUACCAGCGCCAGUAUACCCACACCCGUCAAGUAUACGACACCGACAUGAACGACCUCUCUCCACGAAGCCAGUCUGAUAAUGAAGUGAGGAGGCAAUCGUGGUACCAACCCAGUCCCGUGAUUGCUCCCUUUGCCAACGCGGGUCCACCGGGUGUGCACUGGAAUCAAGCGCCUCCCCCUUUACGCACCUCUGUUUCUGUCUCUGCACCAGUCUAUCAACAACAUACUCCGACAUGGAGCCCCAUUCGCAGCCGCCGAGCGUGA